AUGCCUUCUCAUGCGUCUCAAAAGCUCUCGCAAUCUCCUCUGUGUCUUCCACUGUUCAAGUUUUCCUAUGCUACAGUCUCUGCUGAAGGUGUAGCCCCAAUACCGUGGAUUCACAUCUCCGGCAAGAACAGGCUAUUUGCUGUCUUCGAAACGAUUUCGGUUCAAGUGGAAGAUGGCCGCUUCGAAGACAGGCAAAUGUUCAAAGUCUUACAGGAUCCCGAAGUCAUGGAAGAAUUGGAUUUGGGCGUGCUCGCGGCAGAGGCGAAUCGUUCUAUGACCCAACUGUCCAAUAUGAUGAACAGUGCCCAAACACCCGAAGUCGCCGUGAUUGUCAAGGUGCCAAACAUCGCAAUGAAAUACUACAUGACUAAUGGCCAGUAUCGUCGCUUCCAGAUGAGAUUCGCGUCCGACGAGGAUUACUAUGAAGCGAUGAAAAUGCUGUCUCGUGCGAACGUUCCCACAGUUGCUGCGGGUUCAUUUCCUGCUCCUCCAAAGCCGCAUCAAGUAGCUCCGGCAAACCAGCUAACACCCAAUGAUUCUGCUUCUCAAAGAGGCGUUUCUACCAAUGCUCCCAUGGCUUAUGAGCAACAACAGAACUUACCGAAGGUUUCAAAUCCUUCUGCUCAAACUUCUUGUCUUCCCCUCUCGGCCCAGAUGUCGAUGGCUCCUCCAACGUUCGCAGCGUCGGCACUUGGAAAUGCACAACAACGCCCGACAGGGCCCUCGUCCCUUCACGGGCAAAUGUGGCCUGGCUUGGGCCAUAGGCACAAACCCGCAGGCUCUCGUUCACACGUAUCACUAAGCACGGCCACUACGCUCGUAAAUACCAGAGAGCCAGUCGCUCACCACAACGCGCGCGGCCGUCACGACGCGGACUGUUUACUGCCGAAUACACGACCACAAGGCAAUAGCAUCUUUGCCAAUGCUCGUCACGAAUCGACGCUCGACCACCAAUCCAGCUUAGGUCUACCACCGAGAAGAACUCUGCCAUUCCCCGGCGUGUCUGCGUCAGACGAUGAGGUCCGCUCGCCAGCGAUUCCCCAAGCCAAGCUUUGUAGCAGCCAUCUCAGCACUGCCGAUGCAGCAGGAGCGACAGCAACGUCAACGUCCAACCCAGCACGGAACGAGCCAGUUCCUGCACCGUCACCAAAGGUCACAGGCAAACGCAAGCGAGCUGCACCCAAGAGUAAUGCGAAGGCGACAGCCGCAAAGAAACCACGUGCGCCAGCCAAGGGCAAGAAAAGAGCAUCCAAGCCCAAGGAGGACGCUGGUCCAGUCCCCACCGUUGAAGAAUUACUCAAACGACCAGAACAGACAGUCACACGCCGCCUGACGCGCGCAAUGAGCAUCAUGAGCACUCAAAACGACGCCAAUGGCAACAACCUACCACAAAUUCCGCCGCCAACGCCAAAGCCACAUGAACCCGAAGCUCCAGAGUCUGCCAUUCCAGUAGACGACGCUGGCCGCGAGCCAAGUCUGUCCCUCGGCAGCCCGUCACGACGGCACACGCUUCGAUCGGCCUCUCAAGCGUUGCCUACGCCGCAAAUACAACGGACAACCAGUCUGGCCCGACCUCAAACCACAACCACCGAGGUGCCAGCCAAUAAGAACACAGAGCGCAAUCUUGACCGUGACGCCUACCCAUGCACGCCUGCCGACCAACUCAUCAACGCAUGUACACCGAACUCUCCGACAGUGCCGCAUGUCGAGCCUGUUGUCAUGCCGGACGCUCGCACAGUCGAAAGACCAAACAACGCCAUCCCUCAAGAAGUUCUACCUACCGAUCGCCUCGACCGGGUUUCCGACGUUGAUACCGACAAGGCCACAGCUUCGAUCACACGUACGGAUCAUCAUCAUCCGCCCAGAGAUAGUCAGCAGCAUGAUCCGACAAAUCGUUUCCAAACGGAGCCCGGACCCGAACCUGAGGUAACCCACGGCGAUAGAGGGGCCAGCUACUUCCUUUUCACAAACCCAACGUCCGCACAAGCCCUGGCCGAAAUCAACGACUGGUCUCAGCUCCCACCUUUAGAACGGAGAAACGUCCUCCGCUCCCAUCUCACAGCCUUGAUCAUGCAGCCGUCCUUCCGGAGCUUGUGCCAGGACCUGAGCGCGAUGUGGGAGACAGAAUUCCUCAUGGGGAAGCUUGCAAACCCCUAG